GCAGCACCCUUCCUUCACCCUGCUAGGCCAGCUCCAUUCCGGGACUGAAUAAAGAGCCUUGACCCAUUCCGUGGCCACUGCAUCUCGUGCACUGACCUUGAGCAGACCCUGUGGGACAGCUGGCUCCUGGCUGGGGUGCCUCUGUCCAAUCACAGUGUUACCCACUGGACAGUGGGCACUUAACACUUGGCCCUUACCACAGCCCUGGGGUGGGGCAGUGCUGGCCCUGGCUGGUGAGACUGGGGCUCAGAGAGAAGAGACACCUUGCCCCAGGUCACCCCGAACUAGGAUUUGAACCAAGCCCUCCCUGACUCCAGCGCCCAGACCCAGCCACUCCCCUGCAGUUCCUGUUCUCUGCUCUGUGUCUAGCUGACCCCAUGCCAGCCCGCAGGAAUCCAAAGAGGAGCCCUGUGUUACUAUAAAGUUCCAACACGCCGAGCUCCUGCCAUGCACCGGGCACUGUGCUGGGGCCAUAUCUUCGGACCAGCCAGAUGCUGCCCUGCCCUCUGGGGGUGACUCAGUCCAGGGAAGACCUCAGAGCAGGCCACAGAGAUAAUCAUGUGAUUGUACAUUAAUUAAUCAUAGAGAAUCUCUACUCUGCCGGGAUGAGAAGUGAGGAGAGGGCAACGGCUCUCGGACGGCACAGCAUUAGCCUCCCAUCAACAGAAAACAGAGCUUCUGUCUCUGGCCAUCCAACCCAGAAUUGUACUUCGUUGGGCCUCCCCGAGCCUGUCACAUGGCCUGCUGUCUUUGGAAUUCCCUAGGCGGCAGGGUCUGGGGGCACAGUCCCAGGGAGGAGGAUGAGCCUCCCAGACUGACUAUGGAAAGGGCAGUCCCCGCAGGACUGCUGGGAAGAGAGAGAAGGGAAGGUCGAGCAGGUAAAAAAGCAGCCAGGUUCCCCUACAGAGUGACCUUGAAACCAAAGUCUUGCUUGAGGGUCAUCUCAGUCUGGCUUAUACUCAGCGAACCAAACCAAGUGGAAGAGCUCACGGAGCGGUCCUGGCUGCCACCCAAGAUUCCCCCCCAUGCCCUCAGGGAUGCCUCUUCACCCUGGCUCCUUGGCCCGCUGCGUUCCCCCUGUCUCCAGUUCGUGGGGGCUUCUCUGAGUCCCCGCCCCCACGUCCAAGCCCCCAUGGCAGGCGCAGCAGCAGGGAGCCGGGGGCGGCCACAGCGGGUGAACAUGCAGGAGCACAUGGCCAUCGACGUGAGCCCCGGCCCCAUCCGGCCCAUCCACCUCAUUUCCAACUAUUUCCCACACUUCUACCCCUUCGCUAAGCACACUCGAAGCGCCCCAGACCCACACCCUGCAGUGAUCCCUGCCAUUCGCCCUGCACCCCGGCAGCGGGCCGAUCCAGAGCCAGAGGGAGAUUCAGAUGACAGCAGUGAGUGGGGACAGGGGACGAGGGGAACGCUCCUGGCCCAGCCCAGCCAGGCUGCCCUGGGCGCCCUCGAGUUCACGCUUCUUUUUGAUGCGGACAACAGCGCCCUGCACUGCACGGCUCACCGGGCCAAGGGUCUCAAGCCACCAGCCUCAGGCUCUGUGGACACCUAUGUCAAAGCCAAUCUGCUGCCAGGAGCCAGCAAGGCCAGCCAGCUGCGGACUCGCACAGUUCGGGGCACAAGGGGGCCUGUCUGGGAGGAGACGCUCACCUAUCACGGCUUCACCCGCCAGGAUGCUGGGCGAAAGACACUGCGGCUGUGUGUGUGUGAGGACCCGCGGCUGCGGCGACGGCGGGGGGCGCCUCCCCUGGGGGAGCUGCGGGUGCCCCUGAGGAAGCUGGUGCCCAACCGAGCCAGGAGCUUCGAUGUGUGUCUGGAGAAGCGGAAGCUGACCAAGAGGCCCAAGAGUCUGGACACCGCCCGUGGCAUGUCCCUGUAUGAGGAGGAGGAGACGGAGGCAGCAGGGGACGAACGCGGGCGCGUCCUGCUGUCACUGUGCUACAGCUCCCGGCAGGGCGGCUUGCUGGUGGGUGUCCUGCGCUGUGCCCACCUUGCCCCCAUGGAUGCCAAUGGCUAUUCGGACCCCUUCGUCCGCCUUUUCCUGCAUCCAAACGUGGGGAAGAGACGUAAAUACAAGACCAGUGUUCGGAAAAAGACCCUGAACCCCGAGUUCAAUGAGGAAUUCUUUUAUGCAGGCCCAAGGGAGGAGCUGGCCCAGAAGACACUGCUAGUGUCUGUAUGGGACUAUGACCUGGGCACAGCUGACGACUUCAUUGGCGGGGUGCAGCUGAGUAGCCACGCCAGCGGGGAACGCCAGCGGCACUGGUGCGAGUGCCUGGGCCGCAGUGACUGGCGACUGGAGCUGUGGCACCCGCUGGACGGUGCGCCCCCCCAGCUCAGCGACUAGAAGGGGUACCCGGCCCGGCCCCGCUCACCACCCUCCCCCAAACUGACCCACAGAGCCGGGAGGACCUGGAGCUGCCUCACCCACCGUGCCCAGCCCCACGUCAAACUGUUUGCUCCCUUACCCCCGCGUCCAAGUUCACCCCUCUGCCAACCGUGAAGAAUAAACUUCCAAACCAGGCCA